CUUAUUCCAGAGUCUGGGAUCAGGGGAUUAACGUGUGCCGUCCGCGCGGGUGCGUGUGUGUGUAUAUACCCAGUGAGUGAAAAUCACCCGAAGACCGACAGAGACCGUUUUUAACCGUACAAAUGUCUCUGUCCUGUAAAUACAACGCCUCAAACCCAACGGAAUCAUCUCAUGGACGAGGCGGGACAUCGAAAAUGAGGGAAUAAUCGGAGGAGUCGCGCGGCGAGGCUCGUCUGCAGCUACCGUUUUUGUUGAACUGAGAGCGGGGAUCACAGCUGCCGCUGCUGCUGGCGACGAAAAUGUCGAGAAAAAUAGAGAGCAAGCAAGAUUCUCAACGGUCCCAUCUGUCCACUUUCACCAUGAUACUAAAGGACAAAUUCCACUCCCCCAAGAUCAAGAGGACUCCAUCCAAGAAGGCAAAGCAGCUACAGCCAGAGCCAGCAGCCAAGAGUACAGAGAAACCUGCCAAUAAGAAGGUCAGCAGGCUUGAGGAGCAAGAGAAGGAGGUGGUCAGCGCUCUGAGAUACUUUAAGACCAUUGUGGAUAAAAUGGUGGUGGAGAAGAAAGUGCUGGAAAUGCUGCCAGGCUCAGCCAGCAAGGUCCUAGAAGCAAUCUUGCCUCUGGUCCAGGUAGAGGCCCGGAUACAGCAUAGCUCGGCCCUGUCUUCGUGCCACAGCCGCGUCUAUCAGAGUCUGGCCAAUCUCAUCCGUUGGGCAGACCAGGUCAUGCUGGACGGCAUCGACCUGGACGACAAAGAAAGUGUGAUCGCAGUCACCAGCGUUAUUAAGGCAGUGCUGGAUGGAGUGAAGGAACUGGUGAAACUGACCAUUGAGAAACAGGAGCAGCCAUCACCCACCACCCCCAAUAAACCGGCACCACCUGUUACAGCAGCUGAGAGCAACGUUUCCGUGGAGGUGCCCUUGGUGGAUACUGAGCAGGAUGUCUCGAAUCGGACAGCUCCAGCAUCCUCUCCUGCUAAAGCUGCCCCUGAACUACAAGAGGAGGAUGUUGCUCCACCCAAACCUCCUCUUCCUGAGGCCAAAGUGGCAGAACUCAGAGCACAGUUGAGUGCUGACGCUGGCCAGAGGAGACCCUCUCAGAAGGAGAAUCCACCACCAGCACUUCCACCUAAGAAACGCCAGUCAGCCCCUUCACCAACACCAGUAGCAGUUGUUGCUCCGAUGAGCCGUGGCUCCAGUUUACCAUGCAGCGACCACAGACAGGAAUACGAGCAUGAAUUUUUUCAGAGGCGUUUCUCUGGGGGGAGCCAUUCCUACGGCGGAGACUCCCCUCGUCUCUCUCCCUGCAGCAGCAUGGGGAAACUCAGCAAGUCUGACGAGCAGCUCUCUUCCAUGGAUCAGGACAGCGGUCAGUGUUCUCGUAACACCAGCUGUGAGACGCUGGACAACACGGAGAGUUAUGACCCGGAUUACGACUUCCUCCAUCAGGACCUGUCUGCCGGCGAUAACCUUCCCACAGCCCAGGUGGGAGGCUGUCUGAGCCCCCUGCCCGAGUCUCUCAGCGAGUCCUCGUCCCCUGUUCCCGGUCAACAUCUCACACCCCCCCCUCUGAGCGCCCCUCCAUCCCAGCAGCCAGAGUACUGGAGUCCCCAGCCCAAUCAGACUAAUCCACUCCUGUCAUGCCGCACCAGCGCUCCCCCCGCCCUGCCUCUGAAAAAACGCCGUAGCACCCAGACGUCGCCCUUCCCUGACGUAGGCUCCAGGGUGCUGUAUGAGCGCUACCCCUCCCAGUAUGACAACCUGUCAGAAGAGGAGCUACACCCAACACCGCCAUUCCCCCUGUUCACACCCAUCUCCCCCAUGCCCCAGACGAAUGGAGGAGUUUUUGUCUCCCAGUUCAUAGCCAGUGAGAAUGCGGAUGUCCCGGCCAGCCCUCCACCGCUUCCUGAAAAGAAAAACAGACACAUUCUUCAAUAUAUGCAGUUUAUGGAGGACUACUCGGAGCCACAGCCCUCCGUUUUUUACCAGAUGCCACAGAGUGAGAGGAUCUACGAGCAGCAUAACAAGCUUUUCCAGGAGGUGUACGGCUUCAACGACUCCUUCAGCAGCACAGACUCUGUUCACGAGCCGCUGCAGCCGCCUGCAUUGCCUCCAAAACAAAGACAGCUGGCCUCCCACUCCUCUUCCCCUUCUUCCUCCUCCUCCUCUCUCUCCUGCCACCUCCAGCCGUCUGUAGCGGCUAUGGAGGAGGCGGGCUCUGGGCUGGGCCUCAGCAUGUCCGUCUCUAACUCCUACCUGAUCGGCCAGGCGUCUUUAACCACACCCACGAGCUUGGACCAGGUUGCUUUGACCAAUGCCACCACUCUGGAUGGCAGCGGGGGCGGUCCAAACGGUUCCUUGGACGGCUCACUGGGUUCUGUGGCUGUCUGUCUUCCCUCUGAGUCUUCUCUCACUGACUCUCUCCACACCUCUGCGAGCGAAAGCGUGAAUGACGAGGGCGGGGAGGGGGAGUAUGUCAACCUAUACUCAUCCAGCCAGGCCAAUGGGGAGCUGCCUCUCUCCCUCCGAGAAACCAUUGCAGCUGAUGACGUACUUCAAGACCCUGUUCCUCAGAUGCCAUCCAGCAAUAGUAAAGAGGCUUUAGACAAAGAAAGGAGGCAGAAAAUGACAGAAACAGCCGGGAGCGUUGAGGAGGACGUAGACGAGCUCUCCCUAGUAGACCACAAGGAGAUCAUGAGCAGGAUAACACUAAAGCAAGAAAAUGACGACGGUCCUGACGUCCGUGCUGGGUCAGGAGACAUCCUAUUAGUCCACGCUACAGAAACAGACCGCAAAGAUCUUGUUUUGUACUGUGAAGCCUUCCUGACUACAUAUAGGACUUUUAUAACCCCAGAGGACCUCAUUAAGAAGCUACACUACAGAUAUACCACCUUCUGCCAUAGUCCAGACACCUUCAAGAAGCGAGUCAGCAAGAACACGUUCUUUGUUCUGGUCCGUGUUGUUGAUGAGUUGUGCUUAGUGGAGCUGACUGAGGACAUCUUGAAACAGCUCAUGGACCUGGUGUUUACGCUGGUGUGUAAUGGUGAGCUCAGUCUCGCCCGUGUGCUUCGUAAAAAUAUCCUGGACAAGGUGGAGCAAAAGAAGCUGCUGCGAUACACAAACUCCCUCAAGCCCCUCGCUGCUCGAGGGGUCUCUGCAAGGCCUGGGACUCUUCACGACUUCCGCAGUCAUGAGAUUGCUGAUCAGCUCACACUACUUGAUGCUGAACUUUUUUACAAAAUUGAGAUUCCAGAGGUUCUGCUUUGGGCAAAGGAGCAGAAUGAGGAGAAGAGUCCCAACCUAACUCAGUUUACAGAGCACUUUAACAACAUGAGCUAUUGGGUGCGCUCUUUGAUAAUUCAGCAGGAGAAAGCUCAGGACAGAGAGAAGCUGCUUCUCAAGUUCAUUAAGAUAAUGAAGCACUUAAGAAAGUUAAAUAAUUUCAACUCCUACUUGGCAAUACUGUCUGCUCUGGACUCUGCCCCCAUCAGGAGGUUAGAGUGGCAGAAACAGACUUCUGAGGGUUUGGAGGAGUAUUGCACUCUGAUCGACAGCUCCUCGUCCUUCAGAGCCUACAGAGCUGCUCUGGCUGAGGUGGAGCCCCCCUGCAUCCCGUACCUAGGCCUCAUCCUCCAGGACCUGACCUUCGUGCAUUUGGGGAACCCCGACCUCAUAGACGGGAAGGUCAAUUUCUCCAAACGCUGGCAGCAGUUCAAUAUCCUGGACAGCAUGCGGCGCUUCCAACAAGUGCAUUACGACCUGAAGCGCAACGAGGAAAUCAUCUCCUUCUUCAACGACUUCAGUGACCACCUCGCUGAGGAGGCCCUGUGGGAGCUGUCCCUGAAGAUCAAACCCAGAAACAUUGUCCGCCGCAAGACUGACCGCGAGGAGAAGACCUAGGGUCCUGCAGGCCUUCUAACCCUGACCUUCAACUGUGCUUCAUGACACUAACUCCACUUUAUUACAUACUAAGAGAAAGACGCAUGGAAGCUAUCCACUAAAGCUAAUGGGUGACUUGUUUCCAAGGAAUCCAGAACAAACUACAACUAAAACGUCACCGAGGUUUACAAAGAGCUCUGCCGCUCUGGGAGAUUAUAAAUCGGGAUUACUGUUGCUCUGAUUUAACAGCUGAGGCUGUGGUCGAGCCAAAGGAAAGCUGGAGGAGUCAGAGCUCAUGGGGAGACACUACGGAUAUUACCAAAGUCUGCUCCCUGGACUAUUUUAGAGUGGAGCUGUUGCGUAUGAGAGAAGAACUUGAAUGGUCCAUACCCCCCCACACAUCUCUCUAAUACCUCUUCCUGUAUGUAUGUGUCAUUUAUCGGUCGUCCUCUGCAACACUAACCCCGGACGUACAAGUUCUCCUUAAACAGCAGAAGCUCAGGUGCAAACCUGCCCCGAACUGAAAGGCUGCAGCCUGAGAAUCUGCUGUGACUGAACUUAAGAGGAUAGCUCCUAUAGACUGGAAAUCUGAGUUUGUUUUUAAACUUUUUUUUUUUUUUUUUGUAAGAAUCGUGUAUGGUUAUGACAUGUAUUAUAUACAGUGCUCCUUUUGUUCUUAAAAAGGACGUUUAUGCUUAUGAGAAGAGCUUAGCUUCUCCUAAGUGCCGUAUGUAUGUGCACUAAAAAAGAAAAAAAAGGCAAGGCAAAAACAUGAAAAAGAAAAUUACUAAAGAUGCUGUGAUCUAUGUAUGUCAUACUGAAUCAUGGAGUGCCGUGUUAAACUGUAGAGAACCACAAAGCAAACACAAUCAUGUCCCGGUCCCGUCUGCAUGAGAGAGAGAGAAGUCUUCUGAGGCUUGUGAGUCUGUCAUUCCAACGUGUGCUGUAGGAAAUCAUUGGAAUCCUAUUUUUUGUUUUCUUUUUUUAGGAUAAUGGUCACAAACCCCCUCCCCACCCAACACAUCACACUGUGCUCUCAAACUCCAAUAAAACAAAAGGCUCUGUUUCUAUAAAA